AUGGUCGGAGUGGCAGGGAAGUCGAAGGGCUGCAACACGUGUCGCAAGAGGAAGAAGGGCUGCGACCUCGCGCGUCCUUCCUGUGGACAAUGUCUCAAGAGCGGGAAUGUGUGUGGAGGAUACCAAAAAGAUCUCACCUUCAUCCACCAUAAGAUACCUGACAAGGAUCGACAGCCGUCUACUGUACCCAAGGCUUCUCUGCGGAAGGGUUCGGUUGCAUCCUCUGAUAGAAGCUAUUCCCCAUCUUGCUCUGACCUUGUCUCGUGGCCGCCUGUUUCUCCCAAUCACGACUGGGAGGUCUCAUCUGAACCCGGACAGCAACAGAGUUGGCCAUCACCAUCUCUACAAUUGCUAUCCUCCAGUCUUACUCUGACCGCUCUCACGACGCUUCAUACUUCGCUAUUCAAUUCGGUAUUUAUGCCUCGUAUUUCUUUCGCUACUCAACCAUCGUUAAUGUCAUUCCGACAUUCCACGAAUUGGACCCAUUUCAUCCCAGAACUCGUGAACAAUGACUUGAGCUUGCAAUUGGCGUUUCUGGCCCUGAGCUCGUCUCGCAUCGGCCAUGACAGCCACGAUGAGAAUCUAAUUACCUCGAGUCAAAGCCUUUACGGCAAGGCGCUUCGCGAGAUGCAGCGCGCGCUCUUGGACCCCAAGAGAAGGCACGCGGAUGAAGUCAUCUUGGCUUGCUCAACGUUGAGUUUGUAUGAGAUAUUCGAAACCCAAGCAUUGGCAGCAGUGCAACUUGGUGCCACGCCCCAUGGCUGGCUCUCGCAUGCGGCGGGUGUGGGUCGCUUGCUGGAAGCUCGGGGACCCGAGGGCUUCGCUACAGGUAAAGGACAUGCUAUUUUCCUGCAUGUACGAAUUCUCAUUGCCAUUCGCUAUUCUACUGCUAGGAAGGCGUGCUUCUUAGCCAAGCCUGAAUGGCUCACAUCGCCAUGGAAGAACCAUCCCAAGAAUAUGCUACAUAAAAUGAUUGAUGUGAUGGUCUUCCUUCCUGUGGUAGUGGAGACCUAUGACCGCCUACAAGCAGACACCAGCUUUGAUUUUGGAGAGACACGUCGCGAAAGACAAUCCUUGCUGGCCAAAUGUGUUGCAUUAGACAAGCAACUACAAAACUGGUACACGGCGCUAUGUGCCGAAGUGAAUGGGCGACCGUUAUGGCACACGUUUCCAUCAGAUGAUGCAUCAUAUCCUUUCUCGCAUCUGUUUCGCUUUGAUGAGUCCAUCAUCGCAUACACAAUCUUGCUCUACUGGACCUGUGCUAUGAUGAUCCAAUCAACCAUGUGCCAAUUGCAGCGUCAGCUAGGGCAAGGAGCCGCACAGUUGCCUGACAUGGACAAUUUACCAGACCACAUCAAUCCUCGCAUUUAUGCUGUCAACAUUGCGCAGUCACUGCCGUAUAUGCUCCAUCCGGACAUGGGCAGCCUAGGUCCAAAUCUCGCACUAUUCCCGCUAGGCAUGGCCUUCGCCUUUUUCGCAGCUACAACUCGAACCCCUCGGAACCCAGACAUGGAUGCUAUGGAAUCAAGUGGUUCAACGAUUGAUGGCCUCGACGAAGUAAAUGACCCGCUCGCUGAUGACUCAGCAAUAGAUGUCGAUUACUGCCAAUGGUUCGCUAAAGUUUUCACCGAUUUGGACUCUCGAAACAUGCCUGGCGAAGCUUUUCUUUUCCGUCUAAUGAAGGCUGUAGGAAUUGCAAGCGCCUUCACAGGCGUCCAUCCUGUCAUAGCAAGUGCAGCUUCUACCAAUGAUUAA